GAAAAAUUUUCAGACGUUUUCAAUUGUGUAUAUUGUGGGUAAUAAUUAAAAAAACAAGCGUAUGUUUUCUUAUUCAAAAGCAUGAUUUGAAACAUUUAAGAGUGAUUUAUAAUGAUAUGAGAAAAUGAAAUCCUUUAUUACAUGUACUAUCAAUUCUUUUUAGAGCUUAUGAGCUCUUAAUAUUCCAAUUUGAAAUAAUAAUUUACUGUGAUACCCUCUGACAUAAUGGAAUAGACCAACAAAUUGCAACCUUGCAACGAGACGCUACCCAUCCUAUUGAAGCGAAGAGACAAAUUUUGACAGAAAUUACCUCUAGAUUUCACCAUGGGAUGUUGUUUUUCUGGUGGUGAUGGAAAACUGGCUGAACAAGAGGAACCUGCCCCUCAAUUUAGUUGGGAAAAGAGAGAAAAACUCGACAUCAAGGACUUCACCUUCGCCGACCUGAAGGGCGAAGAGGUCGGCAAGGUCCCGGGGAAGAUAAAUGGCCAGCGAUUCAUCAUCAAGAAUUGUGAGGAUUGCACCAUAUAUCUGUUUGAUCACAUGGCAACGAUCACCGUGGAUGAUUGCACGAACUGCAGGCUAUUUGUAGGACCAAACAAAGGAAGUAUUUUCCUGAGGAACUGCAGCUCAAUGAAAUGUGUGAUCGCCUGCCAGCAAUUCAGGACGAGAGAUUGCAAAUCAAUAGAAACACUAUUGCACUGCGAUUCCAAGCCUAUCAUAGAGUCGUCAAUAAAAAUGAAGUUUGGCUGCUUCCAGUUCUACUACCCAGAGCUGUACGACCAAUUCAAGGCUGCUGGACUGAAGGCUUUCAGUAACACAUGGAGUAACAUACACGAUUAUACACCAGUCCCUGGGGAAGAAAACUGGACCCUCUUGCCAGAGGAUUUGAAUGUGGAGGAGUUUUUACCGUUACCCAAGUCCGAAGAACUUGUUGCCGUGGGAGCAUCGUUAGACCCCGAGAAGAGCGUCGUCCCCAUCACACACGGGACAAGAAGACGUGUGGGAGAUCUGACAUGUCUGAUGUUGGUGUUUCGGAACGAGCAUUCUGACGAAAGGAUUAGAGCCAUCAUUAGGGAGGUUCACAAAUCUAGUGACUGUGUACUACUCAACACAAGACAGACAAAAUUGAAUGAGCAAGAUGUGAUGAGGAUGUUCGGCGGAAACCCUGUGCAUAAGGAAGCUACGAAGAAAGGCCUUGUCACAUCACUGGAAAUCAAUGGCACGGACACAAUUAACAGAUGCCGGAGCAUCAUCGAGCAGGUUGCUGGUGACUGCGUCAUAUACCUAUCCGCAGAUCAGGAAGCGGCCUCCCGCGAUCACGACAACUGGGUAAAUUUCAUCGAUUCCCAGAUGACCAUGUGAGCAGGAAGCCAUGGCUGAUUGAGGCUGUCAUCUUAGAUUUCAUUGAUUUAAGUCCCACAUGCAGUGAUUUGUGUUGGGUUGCGCCAUGUAGUCCCAUAUAGAGUGGAUUGUGUAAGUAGGAAGGGGGUGUGUAGUCCCAUAUGGGGUGGAUUCACGUAAGUCGUGAGGGCUUGUGUAGUCCCGCCUGCUCUGUUUUGAGUAAGGAUUCCCUGCAGGGUAAUAUUGGCAUGAAGUUCACUUAUUUUAAUAUUUGAAAGGGUUUGUGAUUGAUUCAAAGAAAAGUGCAGUACUUAAUAACAAUAUUUUGUAUUCAAGGCCUAUCUCACUGUCUGUAGGGAGAUGCAUGGGUGCAAAUCCAUGCCAUUUGUAACCUCACACAUCAACAACAUGUAUUUGGUGACAACUGCCUUUUGUGUCACCAAUUGUACAUGUGUGAUGUCGUCUACAGGAUUGCGAGGCCGAUUGUGACAAAAACGUCUUUAUCUAAUAUUUAUUUAUAAUAGUUAUUGAUGCAAAUUUACUUAUGAAAUCAUAAUCAUUUGAUUGAUAAGAUUGAGCUAUUUGAUUUAAAAUGCUUGUGUGAUGAUUGAAAGUAUGUAUGGAUUUUUCAUUUAGUGGUGUGAUAGGUUACAAAUAAUGCACAGGCAUGAGAGUGUGAGUGGCCAUGCAGCACAUCAGAGUUUUAUAUUGUGUGAGAAGCAUGAGGCACUUGCGCCAAACAUUUAUGUGUAAUUACCGAGAUGCCUGCAUUAGCUCAUUACCUUUCCAAUUUCAAUCUGUGCAUUAUUUACUUUAUAAAUUGUUUCAGCAUUUUGAGAAUUUGUUAAUCUCUCAAAAUUUCCUCACAUCAAUUGCACAGACGAAGAGGCAACGUUUGUCUUUUAUUGUGAAAUCACAUUAGUGUUGCCAAUAUAAUUGCGGGGCCGAGUAACUGCCUCAAAAUCCUUGCCAUAGCCUUUGACUUCAUUGGCAUCACAGUUUUAUGCCGCAGAGGUUAAGUGGUGCAUCAAAAAAAAAAUGCACAGUGCUGCAACGACCAUUGCAGCAUUGUAUGGGUGCAUAGAAUUAAAGUGUGAACACAUGAUUUGCGUAAGCAAUCGCCAUUGGCUACAUCCGUGAACUUGUCUUAAUUUUGAUUUUGACAAUGAAAAUACCUCACCCUACCCAUGCCACUGGCUGUGAUUUUGUACAAAUGUGUGAGUGGUGCAAAUUUUACUAAAGCGAUUAUUGGCUUGUAAUAUAUGCUUCACGUUUGUUACAUGUUUAUGUUACCUUUUAUGUCCAAGGAAAAGUUUUUUUUGGCAUGUUAUAUUUUCCUCUCAGCUUUUAAUUUGGACAAAUUGCAAAAAAACCCAAACAUUUGGAGGCAUAAAAUAUAACCUUCUCUUAAAGGACAAGUCCACCUCAACAAAAAGUUGAUUUGCAUAAAAAGAGAAAAAUCCAACAAACAUAACACUGAAAAUCGGAUGUAAAAUAAGGAAGUUAUGACAUUUUAAAGUUUCGCUUAAUUUCACAAAACAGUUAUAUGCACAUCCUGUUUGGUAUGCAAAUGAGGAGACUAUGACGUCAUCCACUCACUAUUUCUUUUGUUUUUUAUUAUAUAAAAUAUGAAAUAUUCUAAUUUUCUCCCCAUUGAAAGUGAUACAAUGAUUAAUUCCUCCCUGAACAUGUGGAAUUAGCAUUGUUUAAUACUAUAUGGUUCAGUCAAGUUGGUCCUUAUUGUCAAAUCUAUAAAAAAUGACAUAUUCUGUAAUUCAAACAAUAAAAAACAAAAGAAAUAGUGAGUGAUGGACAUCGACUGACUCACCUAGUUGUGCAUGUCACUGUUUUGUGAAAAAUAAGCGAAACUUAAAAAUGUCAUAACUUUCUUAUUUUACAUCCGAUUUUGAUGAAAUUUUCAGCACUAUGCUAGUUUGAUUUUUCUCUAAUUAUUCAAGUCAGCUUUUACCUGGGGUGGACUUGACCUUUAAAAAGUGUAAUAUACUACCUUCUCUUAAAAAAAGAGCACUGAAAAUAAUCGCUAAUUGUAUCAUGAAUUUUGUUUUCCUGUUAAUAACAGAAGUAUGUUGUUAUAUGACAUGUAAAGAGACAAGUGUUAGAAGCAUUUUUGUAGAAACUGUAUCUUUUUUAUAUAAUUAAUUUAUGAAUACUACUUGAAUGUGUAUACUUGUAUUGUAUGUAUUGUGUGUUAAAUCAUAUAUUUGUUUGUACCUUGACAUUAAUCUGUAUUCAUUGCAUGUUUGUGUAUUAAGAAUAGAUAAUGUGAAUUGAGUGAAUGUUAUAUUUGAUGAAUGUGCUUUAUAUGUAUCUGAUUGAAUACAUGAUUUUAUCCUGCGAGUAAGAACAGUUCACAAGUUUUAUUAAAUCUCUCCCUUUGGGUUUUAUCCAUUUAUCAGCUUUGUAUUACUCAUCAUCAUCAUCAGCAUCACCACCAGUAUGGUCAUCAUCAUCAUCACCACCAUCAUCAUCAUCAUCAUCAUCACCACCACCAUCAUCUUCAUCAUUAUCAUCACCAUCAUCAUCAUCA